AUGGAGGAGAACAAUUCCCGAGUGCUGAGCCUGCUGGGCGGUCUGGCCAUCGGAAUCGUGGGCUUCCAGGUCUUCCGGAAGGUCCUGCCCUGGAUUUACGCCAAUGUCGUGGGUCCCAAGGUCUUUGGCUCCUCCGUGGAUCUCUCCAAAAUGGGCGAGUGGGCAGUUGUCACCGGGUCGACCGAUGGAAUUGGCAAGGCCUACGCGAAGGAGCUGGCUCGCCGGGGCCUGAAACUGGUGCUGAUCAGUAGAUCCCUGGAGAAGCUGAAUGUGGUGGCCAAGGAGAUAGGAGAUAAAUACGGCGUUGAGGUGCGCGUGAUCGAUGUGGACUUCACCGGCGGAGCCGAGAUCUACGACAAGAUCCGCGAGAAGACCACUGGCCUGAACAUUGGAGUGCUGGUCAACAACGUGGGCAUUAGCUACAGCCAUCCCGAGUACUUCCUCGACUGCUACAAGGCCGAUCCGAAGUUCCUGCGCAACAUUGUGGCCGCCAACAUUCACUCGGUGACGCACAUGACCGCCCUCUUCCUGCCGGGCAUGAUUGCCCAGCGCCGCGGAGUGAUCAUCAACCUGUCCUCCACCGCCGGCGUCAUUCCCAAUCCCCUGCUGAGUGUCUACAGUUCCACGAAGGCCUUUGUGAACAAGUUCAGCGACGAUUUGCAGACGGAGUACAAGGAGCACGGCAUCCUCAUCCAGAGCGUCCAGCCGGGCUUCGUGGCCACCAACAUGUCGAAGAUCCGCAAGGCCAGCGUGUUCGCUCCCUCGCCGGAGACCUAUGUGCGCUCCGCGCUCUCCACUCUGGGCAUUGCCACCCAGACGGCUGGCUAUCUGCCCCAUGCGCUGCUCCAGCUGGUCAUCCACUUCACGGAGGCGGUCUUCGGCGAGCAGUUCGCCCGCAAUGUGGUCCUGAAGAACAUCCUGGGCACCCGGAAACGUGCUUUGCGUCGCCUGGCCAAGGAGCAGUAGGAGGAUUCGGCAUUUAUUGGGAGUCGGUUGGGGUGGAGCGUCAGUUGGGUUGUGGGGAAAAUCCGGCUAGUCAGUUAGCUUAUGAAAUCACCGCGCAUCGUUCGGAUCAACAAACACGGAAAGCUUGAAAUACCAAAAAUGUUUCCCAAAUAAACUAAGUCUAGUUAGUUUUUGUCAUUGAAUAACAUUGGAGAUUCGCAAACAGCCAUGUCAUGUAAACAAUAAAGCAAAUACAAACUAGAGAUAUAUCUAGUUUCUAAUGACAAA